AUGUGCGACGAUCCGAACAGCUUUGAGACGUGGCAAGCAGAAGCUGGGUCCCUCGCAGACGCCUUCGACGCUCUGUCGCAGCGAGCUCUGCAGCUGGAGGUGCACGGGGCCUUCCGGAUCCGCAGCAAGUGCCUGCGCGAGGCGCGCGCCCUCGCGGCGCUCCUGGACGCGGCCGAGCGCAUGCAGGACGACAGGGCGCGUGCGGGGCUGCUGGCCGAGCGCGUGGCGGGGGCGCGGAACAACCUGGCCGGGCUGGAGGCGGAGAUCCGCGCAGUGGAGCUGUGCCCGGACCCGGCGUGGGUCGGCGGCACGGUCCGACUGGACGGGCCUGACGCGCCCGACGGCGAGGGGGCGCGCGCCAUCGAGGUGGACGCCGCCGUCCGCGGGGGGUCGGUGUGGGUGGAGAUCAAGGGCACGCAGAAGUUCGACGUCACGUCGAGCAGCUGGACGGGCGCGUCGCGGCACGUCAAGGGCCUGCGGUCGCAGGCGCAGCUGCUGUUUGCCGCGGCCGCGAUGCCGCGCAACUGGGUGAGGUACCGGGCGCCGGAGGUGGCGUUCGUGUUCGCGGACGGCGCGCACGAGAGCGUGCGACGCGAGCUGGAGAGGAUGGGGGCUGCGGUGAUCGACGGCAUGCCGGCGAGCCGCUCAGCGAUGGACGCGGCGCUGCCCGGCGCCCCGCCGCGCCCGGCGACGACGGUGCUCGACGUGACGACGCUGUGCGCGCUGGUGUCGGAGGUGUCGAACGGCGGGGUCGUCGAUCGCCUCGCCGAGGUGCGCGCGUGGGCCGCGGGCAACGUCCACCGCACCGCGUGCGUCGACGCGGAGCUGGAGGCGCCGCUGCUGCCGUCGCUGGCGUCGGCGGUGCAGCGCGACCUGCUCGGGCCCGCAUCGGCGCCCGGAGCGGAUGUCGUGGCGCCCCGCAGCGUGGUGGAGCGCUUCGAGGGCCUGGUGGAGGCGUUCGCGGGGCCCAGCGAGCGGGCGCGGUGGGCGCGUCUCCGGGCGAGGGUGGGCGAGGUGGACCCGCGGUCGCUGCCGGAGUGCGCGCGGUGCGUCGGGGGCUCUGCGGGGGGGGCGGGGUGGGAGGGCGCGGUCGUGGCGGGCGCGAGGGCGGCGACGGGGAGCGGCGAGGCGGGGGACGUGGGGACGUGGGGGGCGCUGGAGGUGGCGCUGGCGGUGCGAGGGUUGGCGGUGACGGCGAACGGGAAGGGCGUGGCGGCGGUGCGGGCCGCGGGGGCGCCGAUCGAGGCGCACGUGCACCGGACGGUGUGGCUGACGGGGCUGUAG